GAUCGAGGCUUCUGAGUCAGGAUAAGAAGCCAUGGCCAGUUUCGUAGGAACCACACAGAAGUGCACAGUCUGUGACAAAACCGCCUACCCCGUCGAUCGGUUAACCGCCGACGGCCGUGUUUACCAUAAGGCUUGCUUCCGAUGCCACCAUUGCCGGAAUACCCUCAAGCUGAGCAACUACUGUUCAUUCGAAGGGGUGCUAUAUUGCAGACCCCAUUAUGAUCAGCUCUACAAACGAACUGGUAGCCUUGAGAAGAGCUUUGAAGGAACACCCAAGAUUCAAAAACCUGAAAAACAAACAGAUAACGAGAAUGCAAAGAUUCUCUCAAACGUGUUCUUGGGUACCAAAGACAAAUGUGCAGGUUGCCAGAAGACAGUUUAUCCUACCGAGAGGGUAACAGUGAAUGGGACUCCAUAUCACAAAGGGUGCUUCAAGUGCAGCCAUGGAGGCUGUACGAUAACCUCAGCCAACUUCAUCACUCACGAGGGAAAGCUAUACUGCAAGCACCAUCACGUUCAACUUUUCAAAGAAAAAGGCAAUUACAGCCAGCUCGACGGCGACGCCCGAGAUCGCAGCGCCAAUCCUUCUUUGAAAGUCGGUGCUUAAACUCUAAUUAAUCGGAGUAUUAUUGCAUCUAUGGAUCUGUUCUAUCAACGUUGUAAUCUGCCUCGUGCCUUGUUCGAUUCAAUACU